UAGAGGCUUUGCUUGAAGUGAGGACCUCUGUCCUCUGCCUCAAGCAGGGGCUUCGAGGUGCGUGAGUGAUGGCCUGGGAUCUGAGGCUGACAGCAGGCUUGCCUCCUGCCCUCCUUCCUGGCAAGCUGCAGGUCUUUGGAGGGCCGAGGACGUGCCCCAGAUGCGUGGAGGCUGAGUCACCCGGGCUGUCAGUGCCCCUUCGAGCCCCGGCAGGGGCCACCACCCACCAGAGCAGGAAGGGUGGGUGACUUCUGUGCUGGACGAGCUGGCCUCCUGGGAUCCUGGGAACCCCAUCUUUGAGCUCCACCCCACGGCCCCACCCCUCCCCAGGAGGGAAAAGGCAGCUAGCUGCCAGUUACUUACCUCAGAGGCACUGGGACCUGGCCCACAGGACGAGAAGGUCAAUGGCUGCCAUCACGACUUCAGGCCAGGCCACGGACCCGCAGGAGGCGGUCGUCAAGAACCCCUAUGCCCGAGUCAGCAUCCCCCGGGCUCACCUGCGGCCCGACCUGGAGCAGCAGCUGGAGGUGGCGCCCUCUUCCCGGGGCUCGCAGCCUCUGCCUGCGGGGCCCUGCCCCUCGGAGCCCCCCCGGGUCCUGCAGCCCACCGAGGAGGCCCCAGAGGGCAAAGGCGCCAAGGGGACCAAGGGGGCCGCCCAGACCCAGGGCCGGCAGGCCUGGCUGCAGCCUGGCCACGCCCCCGGGAGUGGGCAGGGCCCGGCAGCGCCGACCCACGCCGGCCGGCCGCCCGUCGGGCGCGGGGACGACAUCGCCCACCACUGCUGCUGCUGCCCUUGCUGUUCCUGCUGCCACUGCCCUCGCUUCUGCCGCUGCCACAGCUGCUGCUCCAUCUCCUAGCCCAGCCCCCGCCAGGCCACGCGCUGCGGCCACAGGGCCCACCGCGGCCCGGGCACCACAGCGCUGCCCUCCUCCUCGGGGCAGCCACCGGCCCGUUGGCACCCUGCUCGGGAGCACCUACCUGCCGAGAAGGCCGACCGCCCGGCUCCAGCCCCUGGCAAGCGGCCGGCCCCGGCUGGGAUGGCCCGGGGGACAGCCGCCACCACCUCCCCCGAGGCCCACGGCCCAGGCAAUAAAGUGGAGCGAGCUCUGCUCCGGCUGCUGUCCUUCACUGCUGCGCCCUGGAAGGGGCUCCCGGG